AUGGGGGAACUGAAUUUUUUCUUGGGUUUACAAGUGAAGCAAACUCCCAAGGGGACAAUGAUGAGUCAGCAGAAGUACAUCAAGGAGUUGCUGAAGAGAUUUGAUAUGGAAGGAUCAAAAAUAAUUGAUACUCUCAUUGCCACAGCCACUCGUCUAGACAUGGAUGAACCUGGUUCUCUUGUAAACGAGACCAUGUAUAGAGGCAUUAUUGGGUCACUUCUGUAUCUUAUAGCAAGUAAGCCAGACAUUAUCUUCAGAGUGGGACUACGUGCCAGGUUUCAGUCCAAUCCAAAGGAGUCUCGUCUGAAGGCUGCAAAGAGAAUUCUAAGAUAUCUCAAGGGAACACAAGACUUGGUUCUCUACUAUCCCUCCGAAGAUAACUUUGACUUAAUAGGGCAUGCUGAUGCUGACUAUGCUGGUUAUCUGGUGGACAGAAAAAGCACUUCUGGCAUGGUACAGAUUCUGGGGUCGUGUCUAAUCUCAUGGGGCACAAGAAAACAGAACUCAGUGGCUCUUUCAACUGCUAAAGCUGAGUAUGUGGCAAGUGCCUCUUGCUGUGCUCAACUGUUGUGGAUCAAGCAGCAGCUAGAAGAUUUUGGUAUGUUCUCUGAUUGUGUGCCCUUACUAGACAAUGUUGAGAAAGGGCACAUAUACAUGAAGUUCUGCAGCACAAAAGAUCAAAUUGCAGAUAUCUUCACCAAAGUAGACACGCAUGAUGAUUACAGAGCAAAGAAGCAUCUAAUGCAUUACACGUUGGUCAAAAGAUGA